AUGGAAUCUAAAAAAAUAAUUGAUAUAAAGACAGCUCUUGAUAAUUCAUAUUUAUUAGGAGAACGAUUAGGAAAUGGAGGAUUUGGUGAUGUAUAUUUAGCAACACAUAUGCUUACAGGUGGAAAAGUUGCAAUUAAAAUAAUAGAUAAACGCAAACAUGUAAAAGAAUUUAAAUUUGUUAGAAAAGAAGAAGAAGCAUUAAAAAAUUUAGUUCAUCAAAAUAUUUCACGUCUUUAUGAAGUAAUAGAAAAUGAUUAUUAUUUAUAUUUUAUUAUGGAGUUUUGUAAUGGUGGUGAAAUGUUUGAUUAUAUAAUAAAAAAACAAAGACUUGAAGAAAAUGAAGCUAGACAUUUUUUUAGACAACUAAUUCAAGCUAUGUCAUAUGUUCAUGAACAAGGAUAUUGCCAUCGUGAUUUGAAACCAGAAAAUAUACUUUUAACAAAUGAUUUGAAACUUAAAGUUAUUGAUUUUGGAUUAUGUGCAAAACCAGAUGAUCUUAGAAAAGAUUUAUUAACAGAAUAUUGUGGAUCACCUGCUUAUGCUGCACCAGAAUUAUUUGAGGAAAGACCAUACUUAGGUCAUCAAAUAGAUAUUUGGUCAAUGGGAAUAAUACUUUAUGCUUUAUUAUGUGGUUGUUUACCAUUUGAAGAUGAAAAAAUGGAAAAUUUAAGAGCAAAAGUUACAAAAGGUACAAUAAAAUUUCCACCAUAUUUAUCAAUGGAAAGUAGAAAUGUUUUAACUGGUUUAUUAACAGUUAAUCCAAAACGUCGAAUUUCGAUGGAAGAAUUAAUUGUUCAUCCAUGGGUAACUAAAAAUUAUACAAUGAGCUUAAAAUGUUCUAGUAUAUAUAAACCUGAUUUUGUUGAUAAUGAUAUAAUUAUUGAAAUGGCAUUUUUUCAUUGUGUAUCACCACAAAGAAUGAUAAGUUUAAUUAAAGAUAAUCAAUUUGAUUACCUUAAAUCAACAUAUCUAAUUCUCCUUAAUAAAAAAGAAAAUAAAGAAAAUAUUACUUUACCAAUGUCACAAAGAAAAUCUCGCCCAUAUGGUCAAUAUGUGACUACUCAUAAUCAUCAAAAAAAUAUUAUUGCAUCACCAACAAUACAUGCAUCAAUUGAUAAUUGUUUAAAUUAUUCAGGUAUUUCAGAUGAUGAAGAUGAAAAUAAAAGAAUGGAACUUAUAACAAGAGGUGUUGCAAAAAUGGAUAUAUAUUCUAUUGAAAGAAAUACAAGAAAAUGUAAUAAAAAUUCAGCAUAUGUUAGAGCUAAAAAAUUACUUGGAGAAAAUUGUUUGUAUGUUGGUUCACCUAACUUUAGUAUGGGACAUUCUCCACCAUUACCAAUUAGAAAUCACCAUUGUCUUACAACUGAUGAUACACCAAAACGUAGAAUUAAAGAAAGGUAUGAUAAAGAAAAUACUCGUCCAUCAACAGUUAGACAAAGGCAAACUCAUCAACAGUGUGUUGAUAUAAAAACAAUGUUUGUACCACAACAUAUUAUAACAACGCCUAAACGCGCUUCAAUAAUAGUUCCUCCUAUCCAACUGUCAUCACCACCAGAAGAUAUAAAAGAUCAUGGAAAUUUAUCACCACAAGAUACUCCAGAUAGUAGAAGUAGAAUUACUUCAAAAACACCACGUCUUAAACAAAGAGUUUUUGCUUCAUUGGAACGUAAGGCUGAUAAAAUGAUUAAUCUUUUAACUCCAAAACGUCAAAAAAUUAAUAAACCAACAACAUUAACUCAAACAAAAAGAAUGGUUAAUGUAUCAAUAACAUCCAGUGAAGAUCCAGUACGUGUUAGAAAUGAAUUAAAAACAGUUUUUGGUAAACUUGAAAUGAUAUAUAAUGAAAAUGGAUGGAAAAUAUCAGGACAAAAAUAUAAUGUUUUAGGUAAACUUGUUAUGUCAGUAGAAUUAGAAGUUGUUCUUAUUGAAAAUAUGCCAUAUGUUGGAGUAAAACGUAAACGUUUAACAGGUGAUAGUUUCUUAUACAAAAAACUUUUUUCCGGUGUUCAUUAUAAUUUAUUUCAUACAAAUGGUAUAACAAAUGUAUCCUCUCAAACAUCUAUAUAUCAAAAUUUUGACAAAUCAUUUGAGGAUGAUUGUUCUGAUUUCAUAACAGAAUGUACAUGUCAUACAAUGUAUUCAUUUUAUGAAUAUCCAGAAAUUAUUUUACUUGGUGUUGUAGCAUUCCCAUUAAUAAUUUUUGGUAUUAUUAAUAAUAUCUUAUCAAUUCUUAUUUUUACAAAUGAAUUUAUGAAGACAUCAUCUAUUAAUUGGUAUCUCACAAUAAUAUCUUUUUCUGAUACAAUUAUUUUAAUAUCAGCUUUUUUUGUUCUUACAUUACCAAGAUUAGGUGAAUUUAUAGAACUUUGGGGUGCUGUAUCUUUAAGUUAUUUUUUGGCUCCUUAUAUGUAUGGAAUGAUGACAAUGGCACAAACAAUAAGUGUAUGGAUGACAACUGGAGUAUCAUUGCAUCGUUACGCAGGUGUCUGUUUUCCUUUUGAAUCUAUUUCAUUAUUAAGACCAAAAAAAGUUCGGAUAUUUAUUGGAUCAAUUUUAUUAUUUUCAAUAGUUUUUAAUAGUAGUCGAUUUUUUGAGGUUAAUGUUGUAAAUGAUUGUUAUAGAACUAACAUUGAGUAUAGUAUUCCAGUAAUAAUGCCAACUCUUCUUCGUGUUAAUGAAGCAUAUCGAACAAUCUUUUUUGGAUGGGCAUAUACUAUAGUUAUGUUUAUAAUCCCUUUUAUAGUAUUAAUAUUUGUUAAUACAACUGUUGUUAGUGUUAUUCGCAAAUCAAAUAGACUUCAUCAAACGCAAGGUUCUGAUUCAAUGACUUUCAAAAAAUCAGAAUCCAAAGAAAGACAAACAACAAUAAUGUUAGUUGCAAUCGUCAUUGUAUUUUUGGCUUGUAAUGUCUUGGCAUUUGUCGUAAAUAUAAUGGAAAAUUUAAAUUUGAUGGGUUCUUUAUAUAAUACACUUGUCUGGUUUAACAAUUUAUUAGUUUUAGUCAAUGCAUCUUGUAACUUUCUAAUUUAUCUUAUCUUCUCUGACAAGUAUCGUGCAUUACUUUUAUACUUUGUCUCUGGAAAAUGUUUGAUUCAGGAAAGAACAUUGGUAUUAGCAGAAGUAGUUUAA